GACGAAAGAGGUCAAUGGCCUUAACUUGCCUAUGACAAAGGUCAGGGGUCGGACGCCACAGUGAACUUCGCGGAAGUCGUAUCCGAACAGAGAGCACUUGAAUCGCUCUGUGCUCGUGUAAAACACCAUGGUUAAGCCGACAGAGGCUGCUCUGUAUGCGGCUGUUGGUGGUAUCUCCACCGCCGUGGCGGCUCUCAAUGUCUUGUACCCCCAGAUCCGAUCGGACCUGAAGUUUAUUCGGACGUUCCGAGGCCCGAUAUCCCGCGUUAGGCGGUACACUACAGCCCAGCCCCCCGUCUCUCCAGUGGACCGUUUCCUCCACCAGGUUCAGCUCCAGCCAGACAAGCCCUUCGUCCUGUUCGAGGACCAGCUCUACACGUACAGGGACAUGGACGUCAUGUCCAACAAGGUGGCCAACUACUUCCGCGGGGAGUCCGGCUUCAAUCCCGGCGACAACGUCGCCAUGUUGGUUUACAACGAGCCAGCCUUCGUCUGGACCUACCUGGGCCUGGCGAAGUUGGGGGUAAAGAUCGCGCUCCUGAACACCAACCAUCGGAGCAAGUCCCUGUUGCACUGCGUCACGGAGGCAGAUACGAAGGCUCUCAUUGUGGGACAAGGCGAUGCUUUACUGGAGGCAACAAUGGAAAUCCUACCGACACUGGAGGAGCUUGGUGUGAGGGUCUGGUUACAGGGAGACAAACCUGCUCCCCAAGGCUUUCUUUCAUUGGAUGACAAAAUCAGUCAAUCGUCCGACCAGCCAAUCCCAUUCAAGUUACGAGAAGGCAUCCUCGUUAACGACACUUUUUGUUACAUCUUUACAUCCGGAACAACAGGUUUCCCCAAAGCUGCCAAGGUGACCCUGGGAAAGGCUCUUGGUGCAGCCUGUAUCUUCGGGGUCUCCAAGCCGAAUGACGACGAUGUCCUGUACGUGACUCUGCCCCUGUAUCAUUCCGGUGGCCUGUUGUUUGGUCUGGGCGGUGUUAUCGAGUACGGACUCACCAUGGCACUGGCCAGGAAAUUUUCAGCAACACGAUUUUGGGACGACUGUCGCAAAUACAACGCGACUAUGAUACAGCACAUCGGAGAGCUAUUGAGAUAUCUGUGUGCUCAACCAAAGACUCCGUUUGACAAGAAUCACAGCGUCCGAGUGUCCUACGGGAACGGUCUCCGACCGGACAUCUGGGGGAAGUUUCAGGAGAGAUUUGGGGUGGGGCAAAUUGUAGAGUUCUACGGAGCAACGGAGGGGAACGUGGCGUUCUUCAACGUCACCAAUAAACAAGGUGCGGUCGGCAUGCUGACUCCCUUGUUAAAGAGAUUACAAGCGGCCUACUUUGUAAAAGUAGACCCUGAAACGAGUGAACCUAUCAGAGACCAGAACGGCAGAUGUAUUCCUGUGAAGCCUGGAGAGCCGGGUCUUCUUCUUGGUCCCGUAACAGAUGCCACACCCUUUGUUGGGUACCAAGGAGACAAAAGAAUGACAGAGAAGAAGAUCCUUCGCAACGUUUUUAAGGAAGGAGACAUCUUCUUCAACACGGGAGACCUGUUGAUGGUGGACAAGGACUACUACGUGUACUUCAUAGACAGGCUGGGGGACACAUACAGAUGGAAAGGGGAAAACGUGGCAACAACUGAGGUGGCGGAGGUCUUACACGAUAUAGACGGUGUGCAGGAAGCUAAUGUGUAUGGGGUUACUGUGCCAGGUCAUGACGGUCGAGCUGGGAUGGCCGCCAUUGUUGUACAUCCGGGACACCGGCCGAACAUGCGGGACUGGUACGCCCACCUGUCCUCCCGCCUGCCAGGCUACGCCCGACCGCUGUUCCUCCGUCUUACCCAAGACUUGUACCACACCAGCACGCUCAAACAGACCAAGACACAACUGGUAAAGGAUGGAUUUGAUCCAAACGCUGUCACGGAUUCUCUGUACAUUCGUGACGACUCUAAGAAGACGUACGUUCCGCUAGAUUCGGACGUCUACAAGGCUAUUGCCGUCGGCAAGGCAAAACUGUGAAAGAACAAAAUCCCCCCAAAAUUGUCAGUGGUUUAACCUUAAACUGCCGUUUUUUAAAAUCAUUUUAUGAUAGGAGACAAAGUUUGAUGUUU